CUGGUCGACCACAAGCUGGAUCCGGCUAUCAGGGUGCCAUUGAGGCCGUCGUGACAUUGGAGACGACCGCCCUGACACACACACACGCACGGGUGGCAUCGAUUGGCCGUCGCCUGUUGCUUGCUGCAUGUGCUGUGCCCAGGCGAGCGAGGUCCGCGGGUUCCAUCCAUCGAUAAGCCGCCGCCUGCUUAUUCCGCGAUCUAUAUAAUAUCAUCAAGCUGAGCCCGGUCCGGCCACGGCCGCCACGGCCGCUACCGUAUAAUCCGACUGCGACUCUUGUCUCUCAAGCAAAGCACGAGACAUCCUGCACCCAAGAUGGCCUUCACCAUGCACUCCCACUCCGGGCAGUUCUGCCCGGGCCACGCAAAGGACCAGCUCGAGGAGGUCAUCCGGUAUGCCAUCUCCCGGGGGUACACCACCAUGGGCCUGACCGAGCACAUGCCCCGGACCGCCCACGCCGACCUCUACCCGGAGGAGCUCGACGACCCGGACGCCUCCCUCGCCGUCCUCUUCCCCCGCCACGCCGCGUACGUCGCCGAGGCCCAGCGCCUGCGCGACAAGUACGCAGACCAGAUCCACCUCCUCGUCGGCUUCGAGGGCGAGUGGCUGCGCGACGAGUACGCCGCCCUCGUCCUCGACCUCGCCUCCCACGAGGCCGUCGACUACUUCAUCGGCAGCCUCCACCACGUCAACGGCAUCCCCAUCGACUUUGACAAGGCCUUUUACCAGCGUGCUCUGGAGUCCGUGGUCGUCGAAUAUACACAGGACCGACAGCAACAGCAACCACCACAAGAACAACCACCCAAACCCACAGAGGAGCAAAUGUACGAGCGCUACUACGACGAGCAGCUCGACAUGCUCCGCGCCCAGAAGCCCCGCGUCGUGGGCCACUUCGACCUGAUCCGGCUCAUGAGCUCCCAGCCCGACCGCGAGAUGCGCACCAGCGGCUGGGCGGGCGUGUGGCGGCGCAUCCUGCGCAACCUCGACUUCGUCGCCAGCUACGGCGGCUGGCUCGAGUGCAACUCGGCCGCCCUCCGCAAGGGGCUCGCCGAGCCGUACCCGGCCCGCGACAUUGCCGAGGAGUGGGUCAAGAUGGGCGGCCGGUUCACCCUGUCCGACGACAGCCACGGCAUCGCCCAGAUCGGGACCAACUACGCCCGCACCAUUGCGUACCUGGAGAGCCUGGGCGUGAGCAGCGUGUGGACUUUCCAGAGGGUCGGGGUGGCGAGUGGCGGGAAGAAGGCCGAGCUGUUGGAUCGUGAGGUCCCGCUGGAGGAUGUCAAGAAAGUUGUGAGCACCUGGUCCUGAAAGACGACUAUGGCAGGAGAAUCCAGGCUCCGUGAGUGGUGAUGCAAAGGGGUGAGAGGCGUAGGUGUCGCACGCAGCAAGGCUAGCUCAGUGCCAAUCAAGGCGGGUGUGGUAGGACGUGAGGUGAGACGAGAACAAGAAUGACCGACGAAUAUCGUAUUGCAUAUCAUGGAACUAGAGGAGACACCGUUCUGAGACGAUACCAUUCCAGCCACUGGCAAGGAUUGCCGUUCCAUGGGCCAAUGGCGGUGGUGUGACUUGCAACAUCAAGACGAAUGUCUUCGUGCGUACCAAUUUUCAACUACCACCAUGUACCUCAUAGCCCGAUUCAUCUGAGCAGCGUGUCUGCGGAACUCUUCAACAUUCUCAGAUGUAGUAUCGUCAUAAGUAUAUUUCUC